UCAUGCUGGAGAUACGAUGAAUCCACCAUCGCAUCGCAGUAAACGCGAAAAUGCAAUUAAUAAAGGACCGACUGACACGAUAGUUGCUACGAAAAGUAAAUUGGAAUCAAAGCCCGUGGUCAUAUCCUAUGAUUAUGAGGCAGCUAUUAGUCAACCCGAUAUUCCCUCGAAAAUUGAUGAUAAUGCGCAGAAUCCGAGCUGGUCGGACUCGAGCGACGGAUUAUCGGCGCCGACCAAAAAGAAAAAUCUUUAUACUCGCGGAAAAAAGAAUGUAACUACUAAAAAGAAAGGCAUUUUUAAAUCGAAAAUACAAACGAAAAAGAUUACGAAGAUUCAACCGCAGCAAAUUUCCAAUGUCGUCGAGAUUAAAAAAGAAUCGAUAUCUACUUCGGAAAUUACUGGUGAUGUUGAAAGUUUUGUAAAAGAAAAGAUUGACGCUAUUACUGUGAGUCGCGAAGCAUCGCUUAAUCUUCAUCAAGUUUGUUUUAACAAUUUUUUUUUCUUACAAUUAGAUCUACUAACUUUGCAUUAAUCUAUGUAAUAUUUAGAAAAAUUUGAUACCUUCGGGAGACAUUCAGAAGCUGCCAGAAGUAGCAGAAAAUGAUAA